AUGCCGCUGAAUCUAUCUCCUGAGGAACAUAAUGGGUUUGAUCAGCUUUUUAAGAUCGCGGACAAACAAGAUAUUGGCGUACUCACUGGUGAAGAAGCCGUUCCUUUCCUUGAAAAGUCAGGAUUGGUCCCUCAAGUCUUGGGCCAGAUUUGGCAAAUGGCAGAUUCAGAGAAUCGUGGCUUCUUAACCUUUUCUGCAUUUAGCGUGGCCAUGCGACUUAUUGCCCUUGCUCAAGAGAAGCGACCUUUUGAUUACAGGAAUCCUGGCAAAGUACCAUAUUUUUCGAAUGUUCAACUGUCUAACGUUGAGCCUUCCUCUAUCGUUCAACCGUUAGUCUCUAGCACACCUGCAGCUCCCGCACCCGUACCUUCAAAUCCUACAGGAAGCGUUCCUUUGCCUCCCAUUGCUCCUGAAGAACUAAAUCGUUAUCAAAAGAUGUUUACCACUGUAUGCUCAGCUGAUUCACUAAUGGACGGUGAACGAGCUAGUUCCAUUUUUGGCCGUGCUCCAUUGAGCACUGAAGUUCUUGCUCAAGUUUGGAACCUAGUAGACACCCGUAAGCGAGGUGCUCUAGACAUUCGUGAAUUCAAUACAGGAAUGCAUCUCGUCAACCUUUUACUUAGUGGAACUUUGAAUUCCCUCCCUUCAACGAUUUCUCCAUCUUUUAUUACAUCAGCCGUUAUGCCGAUGCCUGCUUCGUCGGCUCAAUCGCCUCCUGCUCAGAAUCCUAUAAGGACUCGUAAUGUUGCUCCUCCUUCUGAUCCUUGGACAAUUCCAGCUCAAGACAUCAACAAUUUCUGUCAACUGUUUUAUAAUGUUGAUAAAACACGUAAAGGUUACAUAUCAGGUUCUGAGGCCUAUUCUUUUUUUCUUGCUUCCAAACUUCCUGAGGAUGUUUUAGCCCAAAUUUGGGACCUGAGCGAUACGAAUAGCUCUGGCAAGCUAAAUCUCGGUGAAUUUUGUAUUGCUCUUUUUUUGAUUAAGAUGAAGCUUCAGGGAAAAGAAUUGCCCUCUGAACUGUUUCCUUCCACCUUAUCUUCCGUUACCCCCCUCAUGCAGCAUAAUUCUCCAGCUGUUUCACCUCAGUCUACGAAUCAGCCUGUGAUGCCAAUAUCACAUGCUUCUUCGAAAACCGUCCAACCAACUCGAACUAGUUCGGGAACAGAGGAUUUGUUAAGCUUGGAUCAAGUUAGCUUUUCACCUUCUCCACAACCACAGCGUCCUUUUAACGACUUAAAGCCCCAGCCUAGUCAAGAUUUGCCUCAGAACUCUGCUUAUAACACUCAACCUCUACAAGCAGUCCAUACCUCUGGACUUGUGGCUUCUCCCACAUCAACGACUUCUCCAUUAUCUGGAUUCGUACCUCAAUCUAACUUUGGCCAGUCGAUAGCCAAGGUCAAUAUGGAUAAGGGUAAUGUGCCAUCGAAAUCUGGCACUCCUCCGGUAGCUACCCCUAUACCUCAUAAACCCUCCAAUGAACAAAUGAAAGUAGCAGCUGAAUUGCCAAAAUAUGAAGCACAACUACAACAAGCUACUGAUAACAACAAAUACACGGAACAAGAAGCCAAAACCGUCUCAGAUAGUCAUAGCGACGCACAAACGAAGUUGGCCGAUAUAAGAAAGGCCUAUAACGAGGAACUGGCGAAAACCAAGCAGAUUACAUCGGAAACUGAUGCAAAACGUCUACAAACCCAACAAAUGAAGAAAGAUUACGGAAUUUUAGAGGCUACUUUGGAAGCUUUGAAGAAGCAAAAUGAUGAAAAGAAAGUUACUAUUGAGGAGGCUCACGCCGACCUUGAAGCUGCUAUCACAAUGAUAAACAAUUCCAACGCUUCAAUCCAAGCUUUGAAAGAUGAAAUUACUCAUCAGGAACAAAUCUUGACUACUCUGCAUCAAGAACUUGAUACAGUCACUCAACAGUUAGUCAAUUUGGAUAGAGAAAAUAAGUCACUUAGUCAGAAGAAGGAAGGUUUAUCUUUGAACAUAGGUAAUACUGAAAAGCAGCUAUCUUCUGCAAAAAGUGAACUAGAAAAUCAAACGAAAAACCGGAGCACAAAUCCUUCUCCGUCUCGAGAAUUGCCUAAUUCUACACACGCUGAGGAAGCUGUGCCAUCCCUUUCAACAAAAAUAAAUGAAGAAGUAAACGAAGAGAAUCACAAUCGCCCAUUCUUACAACAAUCGAAUAAUUUAUUUGAAGGUCCUGCGAGAGAUGUUCGUUCUCCUUCAUUAAAUUCUGCAGCUUCUUUUGGUAUUUCCAAGAAUCCUUUCCAUAAACUGAAAUUUUCAGAGGCUAACUCUCCUGUGUCCAAUUUUUGGGAACAGGAAUUCGCUUCCACUGUUUUUCCUCACAGUGCAUCAAAAGAUACUUCAAUGUAUAGUAAUCCAACUAGCAAGACCCCCAGCUUGGAUACAGAAAUGAGAUAUUCACUUAAGCCCGAUUCUUCUCUUGGUGAAAACAGCCAUUACGAACUAUCAAGCUUUGCUUCUCAGCGUGGUUCGCCAGUUUCGUCUGACAUGGCUAAAAUGACAGAGUCAAACGUCAACACUUCUGCAUUGUCAGAGCAGUCUGAGAAACGCUCGGAAUACAAGCCACCCGUUCCUCCUUCUCGCCGUGAAAAGACUAUUUCUUCCAAAUCCGCUGAAGAAGAAUUUCCCCCUAUUCAAUCUACUGAACCAGAGGAAGAGAGUUCUGAUGAUAAUGAGCAAACAAAGAUCGUUCACGGAGCCUCCGGUACUCCUCUUCCAAAUAAUGACGGAUACUUGAAAACAUCCACAACUACGCACGUAGAAAAUGAACUUCCUCCUUCAGUCUCACAUUUUCCCGAAUUGAAUGAUAGUUAUUCCGACAAAAUGAAGUUAGCCCCACAAAAUGGUUUUUACGUCGGGGAUUCGAGUGACUCGAACAGACCUUUUGACUUUGAGACAGCUAACGAAUCGGACAAUGAAGGAUUCAGCUCUCAACCUGUUCCUGUAAAAAGCGAUUCUACAGAGGAUGCGUUCAAUGUUGAUGAAUUUUCAAGUGAGUUUCAACAUCUUCAAGCUGCCAAGGUUAGUGAUGAUGAAGACCAUGACGCUAUUGAGAAUGGGAAAGCAAGGACAUGA